AUGCUAACAAUCAAUCAAUCACCUCUUCAUGUUCUUGAUGCAGCAGGUCAAAUUUUGUCAUUACCUAUCUAUGCUUUACCUCACGUGAUAUUAUUGAAUUGUAUUGAAACAUUACAUCUAUCCUUUUAUAACAGACCUAUUCAUAUAAGUUUAUCUGCUCUUCGAAAUAUAACUCUUGUGAAUAGUAUCAAUUGUCUAAAAAAUUAUUCUUCAUUUCCAACAACUAUUCGUUCUAUUCGUAUUCUGCUUUUUCAUGAUUAUCCUAAUUAUAUGCUACCAAACUGGUCAAUAGUUUCGAAUUCACUUUCAAAUUUGUUAGAAUUGAGCUCGUUUCGAGUUUUUAUGUAUGACUUGCCAGAAGCUAUUGAUGAUACAAGUUGUCAAAUGAUCGCAAAGAUAGCACCAUUAUUUAGUGAUUUUGGCUUUUGCUUUCGGCGCAAAUUCCACUCAUCAAAUGGUGAUUAUAUCAAUUCUUCAUUUAUUGAACAUAGAAAAUUUGUUAAACAAUUAUGUGAUUAUAUUUUUUUAUUGUCUCUUGAUAAACAAAUGUAUUAUUCAAUUGAAGAUGAUGGUUGUGGACUCAUAAUAUGGUUUUAA